GUUUUCCAUUCAACGCUCGUUUAGUAGUGUAAAAGUGCACAGUUGAAUUUUUGGCUGUGGGGGUUUAUUCACUCGAAAAAUUUAUAUCAAUCUGUUCUUUUAGCUUUAGUCUCUUUAUUCUAUCAGGAAAUCAUGUCUAAGAAACACGAAAAACAUAUUGAACGUCAAUUGAUUGAUGUUGUUAACGCCAGAGGCAACGAUAAUAAAUGUGCUGAAUGUGGUGCUCUGUAUCCAACUUGGGCUUCUUAUAAUUUAGGUAUCUUAUUAUGUGGUAGAUGUGCUUCAAUUCAUCGUCGUGUUCUUGGAGCAAGUAAGAUUUCAAAAGUUAAAUCUUUAACUUUAGAUCAUUGGACUAAUGAUCAAGUUGAAAACUUAAGAAGAAUUGGUAAUAGAAGAUCAAAUAAAAAAUGGAAUCAAAUUAAAAAUCCGUUUCCCUUAGAUGAUGAUGACGAUGGUCCAAUUGAAGAAUAUUUAAGGGAUAAAUAUAUUAAUAUGAAAUUCAGAAACGAUGGCUUUUUAAAUAAUGAUACUUUUUCCGAUGAUGGAAGUAUUGGUGGGUUAACUCCUCAACCAACUUCUUCAAGACUGAGAUCAAAUUCUAAUUUACUCAGAACAGUAAGAUCAAGAUCAAGAGCUUCUUCCACUAAUUUACCAAGAUUAACUCAUCGUGUUUUAACUUCCUCUGAAAAAUCACAAUAUCCUGGAUCGGUAAAUAAUAUCAUUGCAAUGGGUUAUCGCGAUCGUGAUGCAAUUUUAGAAUCUUUGAUUUUAUCGAAUGGUAAUGUUGAUUUGGCUCUUGAUAUCUUAGAUCAAGAUGAUAAAUUAAAUCCUCAAAAAGAUGAAUUACCUCCUCAAUUACCUAAGAGACCUAGUGGCUCAAGUAAUGCUAUUCCAAGUGGUAAUGGUAGUACAUCUUCCUUCUCAGCAAAUAAUCCAAUGAGUAGCUUGGUUAAUCAACAACCUCAAUCCCUGCUGAAUGAUUGGUGGGCCAAUUCUAACCAAACUCAAUUACCUUCUGCCACUACGGGUGCAACCAACACUUCUACUCCUAGUAUCGUUACAACCCCAUCUCAACCUCAAAUAUAUCAAUACACUGAUCCAAUCACUGGCCAAAUCUCUUAUGUUGAUGCUAAUGGUCAACAAUAUCUCGAUCCAAAUAAUCCUCAACAUAAUCAGCUACUUCAACAGCAAUCUAAUCCUCAGCUCAUUGCCCAGCAAACAAAUAAACAAAAUAUCAUGUCCUUAUAUAACCAACCGGAUCAAUUCACUACAAAUGUUGUCGGUAAAGUUGAUCCUACUCAACCAUUUGCACAACAGCAGCAGCAACAGCAGCAGCAACAGCAGCAGCAACAACAGCAGCAACAACAACAGUUACAACAACAACAGUUACAACAACAACAACAACAACAACAACCUCAAUUCACUGGAUUCCAACAACCUCAAUCCAUAUCUCCAUUUGCACAAGCAUCCUCCCCCUUUGGCCAAACGCCAUCUCCAUUUGCACAACAACCUCAGCUUCCUCAACAAACCGGGUACUUCCCUCAGGGCGUAGUCCAACAGCAACAACAGCCACAACAGCUCAAUCAAUUUGGCCAACCUCAACAAGGAUACUGGGGUUGAUUUUCAAUAACGUGAUUAUGAUUCUUUUCCUCUUAAUAUUUUAUUAUGUAUUGAUACUUUAAAAACUUUAUAUAGAUUUUAUUCCUCGCAGCAAACAAUUACUACAUCGUCAUCGUAAUGCUAAAAAAAUCUUCAUGA